AUGAUUCUAUCCUUGAUAGCCAUUGCUGCCAUUGCUGCUCAUCGAAAAGCUAGACAGUCUGUUCAUGUUGCUACUAGCAAUCCUAUUGAAUCUCAUUGGGAUGCUCUCCCACUCAUUGUUCGAGACAGAAUACUGCUGUUUGCAGGACCAUUGACUCUAUUCCUGAAUGGAAGACUGCCAUCAUGCGAAGAGAACCCAUUACAGGCAAAUGCCAUUGCCCGAUCGGUAUGGCAGGAUGCAUUCUCACUUGAGUGGGUGGGUGAUUAUGAUCUACUGCCAGACACUCGGUGGUCUAUGGAGUCACUGCAGGCAGACCUGCUGUUAGUCAAGAGCAGACAGACUUACUGUUGCUUACUAAAGAUAUUCCCAACAGCUCUCCAUUCAUUGCUGUUGGAUGUGCCCAUGAGGCUUCUAUGGUUGGAUUUGCUGGAUCUGUCCGAUACAUCCACCACCGGCCACGACUCUCCUCUGUACACGACUUCUCUGAGUGCUGCUUCCAAUGGCCGCUUGAAGCUACUUGAGCACCUGUUCACUACUGCAAUCGCCAACCAUGACUGCAGUCCAUCGCAACCAUCAACUCUACUGUCCAUUGAUCACUUCAAGGCUGCUGCUGCGUCCAAUCACACAGACACUCUUGCGUUUCUAUACAGCAUCGACUCCACAAUUGCAGACCCAUCACUCAUACUGGCUCAUGCUUCCUGUUACGGAUCUCUUGAUGUCACCCAAUGGAUUAGUGAAAAGUACUCGGUAGACUACUCGCUGGCAAUGACUAAUGCUGCCCGACACGGACAGCUAUCUGUUGUCCGUUGGCUGCACUCUCAGUCAUCAACCACUAUAAGCAUGGCAAUUAUCACUCAAGCCAUAGACAUUGCUGCUCAGGUCGGACACUUGGAUAUUAUUCAGUUUUUAUUCCUUAAUUACCCAGGCUCUACAUGCACUUCUGCUGCUACAGAUGCUGCUGCAUCCAAUGGAUUCUUGGAUAUUGUCAUCUUUCUUCACUCAAACUUCCCCAAUGUUACGUUUACCACACUAGCAAUGGAUGGUGCUGCCGCUAAUGGUCACAUUGAUAUUGUCAAAUUUUUACACAAACACAGAGCCGAUAUUGCAUGCACAACUCAUGCUAUGGAUGCUGCUGCUGCUUUGGGGCGGCUCGAUCUGGUUCAAUUUUUGCAUGAAAAUCGCUUCGAAGGAUGCACUCCCGCCGCAAUGGAUGCUGCUGCUGGUGCAAACCACGUUUCUAUGCUGCAAUGGCUUCACGAUAAUCGAUCUGAAGGUUGCACAACUCACGCUAUGGAGUUUGCUGCUGCAUCGGGUUCCAUUGAAGCUUUGGAAUGGCUACAGUCAAAUCGCUUGGAGGGAUGCACCACUCGCACCAUGGAUCAUGCUGCUAGCACUGGCCAAUUGAGUGCGGUACAUUGGUUGCAUGAGUUUCGUACAGAAGGCUGUACUACUGAUGCAAUUGACAAUGCUGCUCGUGGCGGUUAUAUUGAUAUCGUAAGAUUUUUGGUCGAACACCGAUCUGAAGGUUUCACUCUCACUGCUCUCGAAGCCAUCCCUGACCAAGUACCUGAUAUCCCUACUCUCUUGAGUGACUAUAUUCAUUUAUGUAAAGACUUGGUCAACAAUGAUCAUGCUAUCCAAGCAGCAGAAACAAAUUCACAUUUGAUACAGAUUUAAAUUUUGGCCUAGACCAACACUGCUGUUUGCUUUACUAGAUUGUAUUUGCUUCAUCCUAUACAACCAUAUAGUGUUUGUGUGGGUUCAGAUUCACACAUUCUGACUCUUGAAAAUGUUUACUAGACACUGUUCAUAUCAAAGUAUCAGAUGAGCCAUUUUAAAAUCGGUAUUUUAUUUUGCUGAAAUAAAUCAUUUAUUUUGAA